GUCGGCCGAUGCUGGUGAGAGGAUUUGCUGAUACCUAUUGCAAAGUGAAAAGCAUGUGCUCGACGAUAAAAAUAAUUUAUAUGUGGACAUUUCUUUGAUGAUUAAUAAAGACAAAUAUUCUCAAGAUGCCAGUAAAAGAUUUUUUCCGAAACAUGCAACCGGUGCAACUUUACGUUGUCCUCACCUUGACCAUACUAUUUUUUAUCACUGAACUGAUAGUAAGUCACCUCACGCACGCUUUGACAUUGCUCAUGGACUCUUACCACAUGCUCUGCAAUAUCUUCGCGUUGAUUGGAUGUAUUACCACCAUCAAGUAUGGAAACGGAACUGAUAAUCCAGGAGAGCAAGAGCAAGAUCCAACUGUCGAAGAAACGGUACUGAAAACCGAAUGCCAAGACAAAAAGACCAACAAAAGAGUGACGACAAGGCAAGAAAGAAAAUUGAGAAACACCUUCGGUUGGACGAGGAUAGACGUAAUCACUAUGCUGAUUUGUUGCGUGUUUUUGGCCUCAUUUAGCUUUUCGAUUUACGUGGAAGCUUUACAGACUUUGGCCCAUAUCGAUCAUCAGGAUGCCAUGCAUCAUCCGAUAUCUGUUUUGUGUAUAGGUGCAGCAGGAUUACUCCUAAAUGGUCUCUGUUACCUCCUUAUAGGCGGCUACACUUUUCACCAAGGAAGCUUCCUUUACGUCACAGAAAGCGGCGACGUGGUCCUAAAUAAAAUAGUAGUGAACGAUUCUGUAAGAAAAGGAGCAAGAAGAUUGUCGAGAACCAGACAAAUAUUCUCAUCUCCACCUAAAAAAAGACAAGGACUAUGGGAAAUGACCAGAGACGUAAUCGGUUGUGCCUUAGUAAUCGUUUGUGCCAUUUUAGUUAUAUUCACCGAACCUGAAGUAGCUAAAUUUAUAGAUCCUUUGAUUUCUUUGGUAUCGGCCACUUUUAUCAUGAGUUUGAGCUAUCCUUACAUCAAAGAAAGUUGCUUGAUUCUCUUGCAAACUAUGCCAGAUACCACAAACAUAGAUACAAUGAAAAAUGAGCUAAUUAAACAUUUUCCUGAUAUACUCAAUGUGCAUGAUUUCCAUAUUUGGCAAUUGACUGCUUCUAAAGUAAUAUCAACAGUACAUAUUAUUUUUGAAAAUCCCAAAAUUUAUCGUAACAUUAUGGAAGAAAUCAAAGAAUUUUUCAUGGAAAAUGGCGUCACUCAAGUGACAAUCCAGCCAGAAUUCUAUAGGCCAAGUGCCAGUAUGGAAAGCUUAACGUCCCAAAAACUACCGCCCGUAUGUUUGGUAGCUUGCCAAGGAGAGUUGUGCAGACUGAACCAUUGCUGCCAAAAUUACGAGGAACUCAGCAAAUUCAAGUCUUCGUCAAAAGAAGUACUUCCCAGGCCAGAACCCGCAACUCCUACACUGAAAUCGGUCAGGAUUAUUGACGAUGAACUUCACUCGUUGAGAAGUUCUAGUAUUAGUUUGAAUAGUUUAGAUGGAAAAUCCAGUUGUGAGAUUAGUAAGGAUGCGAUUAAAGAGGAAGAAAUUGAAUCAAAUUAAACGAGUAGUGGUGAAUACUAAAUGAAACCAAAUGUUGGCUGUGUAUUUUCAGCAGCUUGUUUUAGGACUUCAAAUUCCUCAAACACCAAUAAUCUGUGAUUCUUUAUUGAUAGUUUUUAAAUUAGAUAUAUAAGACUAACAAUACAAACUAUUAUAUUUUUUGAUAUAG